AUGGAAGCUGAGAACUAUACAGCCACGCAACAGUUCUUCCUUACUGGCCUUUCAGAAGAUCCUGAAAUGCAGUUUGUUCUCUUUGGACUGUUCAUGUCCAUGUUCCUGGUUACCAUGUUUGGAAACCUUCUCAUUAUGUUGGUCACUAGCUGUGACUCCCACCUUCACACCCCCAUGUAUUUUUUCCUCUGCAACCUGUCUUUUGUUGACAUGUGCUUAACCUCCACUACCAUCCCCAAAAUGCUAGUGAACAUUUACAUGCACACUAUGGAAAUCUCGUACACAGAGUGCCUUACUCAAGUGUAUUUUUUUAAUAACUUUCUUGGAAUGGAUAAUUUUCUCCUGACCAUUAUGGCCUAUGAUCGCUUUGUGGCCAUCUGCCACCCACUUAACUACACAGUCAUCAUGAACCCUCGAAUCUGUGGCCUCCUGGUUCUUUUGUCUUGGAUCACAAUGUUCUGGGUUUCCCUGAUUCAUAUGCUGCUAAUGAAGCAACUAAAAUUCUCUAUUGGCACUGAAAUCCCACAUUUCUUUUGUGAACUCACUGAGCUUCUCAGGGUGGCCCACUCGGAUACCCACAUAAAUAACAUUUUUCUGUAUCUGGUUACUGCCCUGCUGGGUGUUUUUCCUGUCAUUGGGAUAGCUUUCUCUUAUUUUCAUAUUGUCUCUGCCUUAUUGAAAAUGUCCUCCAUUGGGAACAAGUACAAAGCCUUUUCCACCUGUGGAUCUCACCUCUGUGUAGUCUCCUUGUUCUAUGGCACAGGAUUUGUGGUUCACCUUAGUUCUGCUGUAGCCCAUUCAUCCAAGAGAAACACAAUCACCUCAAUAAUGUAUACUGUUGUCACCCCUAUGCUGAACCCUUUCAUCUAUAGCUUGAGAAACAAGGAUGUAAAGGGGGCCUUAGGAAGACUCCUCAGAAGAGUCCAUUUUUGUCCUUGAUACAUCACUGACAUGAAAGCAAAGGUAAUUAUUGUGAAUUUGAAUAUGGAGAAAUUUUUCUUCCUUGGAUCUUUUAAAUUUCUACUAUUCUCUAAUGCUUUUCUUUUGUACAUGUUUUAAUUACUUUCUUCCUAAAAACCAAUCAAUUCUUUCUUAAUUUUUUCUCCCUAUAUUAUACAUAAAUGUAAAAGUUUGACAAAUUUUCUUAUAGACAUUUCUGAUGUUUUGAAGUUGAUCUAUAGAACUUGUACCAGGAGCUGAUCUGAUUUUCUCAAUGGGUAUUCUUGUGGGGAGGUGAGAUAGCUCAUCAGGUAAAGA